AUGUUGCUUAUUGGAAAGCCUGAUCAUACGUCAGGCUGCGUUAAAAUUCUUGAAGUUCGGCUGAGGCCUGGUUCCCACAAGCUCUUCCUGGUCACCCGUUCACCCCAAACGCUUGUCCAAGAUGAACUGGACGAUGCCAGCUUCUUGUCACGUGAGAUUUUGCAGCGUAUGGUGAACGACAUACUCAAACAAGGCAUUCCAAUACCAGUUCAUCCGCUGUUCAGACUAUCAAAGCCAAAGCUCACCCUGGCCGAGCGAUCGAUGGUGCUCGAGACGAACUUCCAGUUGAACCAGAAUCUUAUUCGACAGCUUAUCAGCGAGAGGCUUAUCUGA